CCAUAAACAGAUAAACACCUAGGAGAGUUUCGUUCGGACAUUCUAGCUCUGUCACAUCCGUCGCUAAAUAAGUAUUAGGGGCUUCUCGUCGUGUAGAGGCUCGUUGGCCUGGGGUGCGAAUUGUGCGGGCAAGGUAGAGAGCGUUUGGCUGGUGGGUGAACUGUCAGAAUGCGUGUCGUUGCCCCACGCAUCCCAAAAUACCAGGAUCAGAAAUACGGAGUAGGUAUACAGUAGGUACGGCAUAGGUACGUCUGCUACGGAGUAGACUUGCUAUACGAACAACUAUACCUACAAUAUAGGAGAGAUCCACAUUUUUGUGACGCGACAACGUGAUACUGACAUGUUCUAAAGAAUUACGGUGGCUCAGAGUCGUUUAUCUCUCUUCCUUUCUUCGCUGAAGUUUUUAAAAGCUACCUUGCUAGUCCCCCGCCUCGCUCGCGUCGUGAUGCUGCUUUUGGAGUUAAUUUAUCGCGCGAGAUUAGACACGCUCGACUGUCAUUCCCACAGGAAGAGCUCUGCAGAGCGUAUAUGAUCGGCGCCCUAACCUCUCUCGGGGAACCCUACUGAACUUAAUUAAAGCGGCAUUUCGUCUCAGGAGAAACGGACGCGUCGGCGACGACCUGUGAAUGUCUCCAGCGCGACUUUCCAUUUCUUAGCAUCAGAGGAAGAGCUGACUUUUGAGUCGACUAAAAAAUUAGAGGAAGCGCGACUUACCAUUACCAUUUAUAAUUUCCCAUUCUGUGCAAUAUUUCCCAUUUUUGAGGUGCCUAAAAAAUAUUUCCCAUUUUUUAGGUGCCUCAAAAAUAUUUCCCACCCCAUGACUGGAGCGCGAGUAGUCUUCGGAGCACCCGUUUCUCCCAGGCAACCCGUUACGGAUCGCCGCGGUUUUGUUGGUAGCCAGAGCGUUCCUGUAGAGGGAUGCUCGGAGUUCAUGAUGUCGCAGAGGUUCGGCGACGCACCGUUCGGUAGCGAGUCAGCAUUCGACUUUGAGCAGCAGCAGCAGCAGCAGCAGCAGCAGGAGCAGCAGCAGGAGCAGCGGCAGGAGCAGCGGCAGGAGCAGCGGCAGCAACAUAACACUACUCAUCAUCGGCAGCAGCAACUUCAGCAGCAACUUCAGCGCGGUUCUAUGAGCAUGGACCUCUCCCCUUCCGCGUACCACCAGCAGCAGCAGCAUCAGCAGCAGCAUCAGCAGCAGCAUCAUCAUCAGCAGCAGCAGCCGCAUCAGCAGCAGCAGCAGCAGCAGCAGCAGCAGCAGCCUGAGCAGUGCCCCUCUCCAUGGUCUGUUCUUCAAGUCGAUUCGUCUCUUGAACCGCGGGUAUCGUCACCCCCCAUUCCCCCUCUCUCCCCUUCCGCGGCUCCCUCUACGCCCCGACCCCCCCAUCGUUCCCCCCGCUCCCCUCCCCCGCGGUCUCCGCCCCCGCGCUCUCCUCAGGCGCGCUUCCGUGGAGUGGCGCUUUCAUCUCCCCGCCCGCGCUCCCCCCUCGCGCAACCCCUGGGGGAAGGUCGCCCCCGCCAGGAAUCCGCCUCUCCCAGAGGGGAAACCCCCCCAAGGCGGCUGCGCGGGCAUAGGCGCUUCAGCGCGAGCGUGGGGGGCGUGCACGAGUUAGGGCUGGGGAAACGAGGCUUGGUGUCAAGCUCGGUGUCAGGCUCGGCGGCAGGCUCGGUGGCAGGCUCGGUGGCGGGCUCGGUGGCGCGUUUGGCGUCAGGCUUGGCACUGGCAGAACUGGAGCGGACAGACUCGGGCGAGGCGGUUUUGGCCGAACCUGUAGACGUGGUUUGGACCACAGGUCUGGGCGUUGGUGCGUCUCUCCAAGGAUCCUGGCCGUCGAUUCCUGACAGCAGUGGUACAAGCAGCGAAAACCACAGCACUACAGCCAGCAUUGUUGAAAUCAGCAGUGGGUGUACCAGCAGCAGCAGCAGCAGCAGCGGAAUACGCAGCGAAAGCAGAGGCAUUGGCGGCAGCUCCCGUUGCCACAGCAGCAGCAGCCGUGGUGGCAGCAGCAGCGGCAGUGGUAAUGAUCGUAGCAGCAGCGGGGGUGACCGCUGCAGCAGCAGCAGCAGAGAGUCUGGGGUAGGAGUGGGACCCAGUUUAUUAGGCUCCAAGGCCAGAAGCCUCACUGAGAGGGGGCCAGGCGCGCACAGGCGCAGCCACAGCACCAUGGGGGAUUGUGGGGCAGCAGCAGCAGCUGCGGUGGUGCCAGUAGCCGCAGCUGCGGUGGUGCCAGCAGCAGCAGUGGCAGCGGUGGUGCCAGCGGCAGCAGUGGCAGCGGUGGUGCCGACGUUGACAGCAGCAGCAGCAGAGAGUCUGGGGUAGGAGUGGGACCCAGUUUAUUAGGCUCCAAGGCAAGAAGCUUCACUGAGAGGGGACCAGGCGCGCACAGGCGCAGCCACAGCACCAU